UUAGUGUGAUUGUGAUUAGUAUCUAGUUAGCAUAUGUGUAUUUUAUUUAUAUUAAUUUCCAAAAACACUCUCCUGGUAAUUUUUUACAUAAAAAAGCUUUAUUUCACAUUUUCGUGAUUCCUGCGCUUUAUUCUUGUCUAUAACUUGUCUUUGGCUAAAUACUCCCUGACUAACACACAAACAAGAAUGAAAUGUCUUUGAAAACUAAAAUGUUGGUGCUAACAAAAGUUAGUUUUAUUGAAUAUUAUUGCAUAAAAAAAUAAAAUAGUUUUCAAUAUUCGCAACGAAUUAUCGAGUGGGAACGCACACUUAGUGCAUAUUUAUAUUUUUACAAACGUUGUUUCAUAAUAAGUUGUAAAAUGUUUUGAUCAACAAGCUAUUCAAGACAAAUGAUAAUACUCAGUAUAUAUUCGUAAUGUCGGUGCGAUCUCAUUAUUAUAAAAACGUUACAUACUCGAAAUCAUAAUCAAUUGAUGUCGCGCAUUCGAGACGCGAGUACCAGUCAGUAGGAAGUUUCGUUUGCGUCCUCAUUUAUCAGUGAGUUGUGAUCGUCGUUGAGCUAGCGUUCGUCUAAAUCCUUAUCGUUAGUCACUGGACGGAAGCGGGAGUAGCCGUAUCUGGAACAGCGGCCGGCACUGUUUUUAUAUCGAUAUUUUAUUAGCCGGCUGUUCAUUGCUAGUACUCUCUGGAACAUUGAAUCGCCAUGCUGGAGCCAAGGAACUUCUUAUUGCAUUUGCAGCUGCUUAUAAUAAUUUUGUUUGCCCAAGUAAAUGGAAAUGAACUAGUUAUUGGAAAUGAUGAUGUAACUGUUUUAACAGUUGCAACUGAUGAAAAUAAUGGUUUGGAAAGAUUUUUGAGAUCAGCCAAAAUUUAUGGUAUCAAUGUGGAAGUUCUGGGUCUCGGGCAUGUUUGGAGUGGUGGUGACAUGAAUUAUGCUGGUGGUGGGCAGAAAAUCAACCUGCUGAAGGAUAAACUGCAAGAGCUAAUUAACGCUAAAAACAAGGAAAAAAUAAUUUUGUUUACAGAUAGCUAUGAUGUUAUGUUCCUUUCAACUUUGGAGGAGAUUGUGAAAAAGUUCAAGAGCUUCCCUGAUACCAGAGUAUUGUUUUCUGCUGAGCAGUUUUGCUGGCCAAACACAAACUUAGCUACACAAUAUCCCACUACUGAAGUUGCUAACCCGUUCUUAAAUUCUGGUGGAUUCAUUGGAUACCUACCAGAACUGUUGGAAAUUGUCAACUUCAAAGAAAUUAAAAAUAAUGAUGAUGACCAACUAUUUUACACAAUGGCAUAUUUAGAUAAAAGUUUACGUGAAGGACUCAAAAUAUCACUUGAUCAUAAUUCCGUCAUAUUUCAAAAUCUAAAUGGAGCUCUAUCUGAUGUUGAGUUGAAGUUGAAUACUACUGAAGAUUGGCCCUACAUUGAGAAUGUUGUGACCAAGCAACGGCCCUUGAUUGUACAUGGUAAUGGUCCCUCUAAACUGACAUUGAACAACUUGGGUAAUUAUUUGGCCAAAUCCUGGUCUCAGAGACAUGGUUGUGCAAUAUGUGAAGAGAAAAAAAUUGAGCUGAAGGAAGACCUUUUGCCUAAUGUCAUGAUGGCUGUCUUCAUCGAGCAAGAAACUCCUUUCCUGGAAGAAUUCUUGGUCUCACUACUCGAAAUUGACUAUCCCAAACAGAAGAUACAUUUGCUUCUUAGAAACAAUGUAGAAUUUCAUGAAAGUGAAGUGGAUACAUUUUUCCAAAGCCAUUCUAAGGAAUUUUUGACCGCAAAACGUAUCAAGCCUAGUGACUUGAUUGCAGAGUCAGAAGCUAGAAAUAUUGCCAAAGAUCGUUGCAUGAACAGCAUUUGCGAGUACUUAUUUUCGAUAGACAGUUUAUCUCGCGUGGAGCCCGGUACACUCCGUUAUCUGCUGUCUUCUGGGUACGAUGUCAUCGCCCCCUUGCUGGCGCGGUCAGGCCAGGCCUGGUCCAAUUUCUGGGGCGCGACCAAUUCCGCCGGCUUCUACGCGAGAUCACAUGACUAUAUGGAUAUCGUGUACAGAGGAAACAAGGGAAUAUGGAACGUGCCGUUCAUCACUAAUUGCUAUCUCAUGAAAAUAUCUACGUUCCAAACAAGAUUCACAAAAACUGUAUCUUAUACGAAAGAAAAUGUUGAUGCAGAUAUGGCAUUCUGUGCCAGUUUGCGGGAACAUGGCAUCUUUAUGUACGUGAGCAACGAGGAGAACUUUGGUCAUUUAAUUAAUCCUGAAAAUUAUGACAUAACCCGCACUCACCCAGAUGUAUACCAGGUCAUUGAUAACAAGAUUGAGUGGGAAAAACGGUAUCUCAACGAGAACUUUUCCAUAAACUUUGAACCUAACCGAGAGCAUUUGAUGCCGUGUCCGGACGUGUACUGGUUCCCGAUGAUGUCAGCUAGAUUCUGCCAAGAAUGGAUCGAUGUUAUGGAAGCUUAUGGCAAAUGGAGCGAUGGUUCUAAUCAGGACUCACGCCUGGAGGGUGGCUAUGAAGCCGUGCCAACGCGCGACAUACACAUGAAGCAGGUUGGUUUGGAGCGCCAGUGGUUAUACAUCCUGAAAACAUAUGUGCGGCCGCUGCAAGAAAUGGUCUUCACCGGAUAUUAUCAUAACCCUCCAAAUUCUUUGAUGAACUUCGUGGUGCGAUAUCGACCUGACGAACAGCCUUCAUUGCGACCUCAUCAUGACUCCUCGACAUACACCAUCAACUUGGCGCUCAAUACACCCAAUGUGGACUACGAAGGUGGGGGUUGCCGUUUCAUACGGUAUAACUGCUCCGUUCAUGAAAUGCGGCGCGGCUGGUUGCUGAUGCACCCGGGACGACUCACACAUUACCACGAGGGUCUACUAGUCACCAAAGGCACUAGAUACAUCAUGAUUUCUUUUGUCAAUCCCUAAUUUUUUUUUCUGAGAUGUUUUAAACUUCACUUAUUUUUACAUUUAUAUAAACUUGUUAUCUGUAAGCCUUACUUAACUCACUAUACUUUAAGAGAACUACAGUGCCAUACCUAAACUCGGCAGUUUAUUUUUCACUAUCCGUACCAUUAAGUACAGCUGGAACCUAUAUAAAUUCUACAGAACUUGUGGUUGGUGCUGAAAGAUUUCUAAACUGUUUAUUUAAAAUAGGUUCUCAAAAUAAAACUCCAUUUAUUCAAGUGAGUUGUCCGACUUUAGGUCACGACUUCAUUUGCGCAACAAAUUAUUGGUUCAGUAGUUUCGAAGCAAACUAGCUGGGAAGCGUUAUUUCUUUAAGGGUUUCGGAAACCUAAAAAUAAGAAUCUGAAUUAAGAUGAAAUAUUUUUUUUUAUCUUUGAAUAAUGAGACAUUUUUUGUAUGUGUUCAUAAAUAUUUUAUCUCUUUUACUUUUUAAAUAUAUAUGCGUAGUCCUUGUUUUUCGCGUAUAGCGACACUAACGCAAUGGCAUUUGUCUAUCGCAUCACAUUUCGCAUGCCGUCGGUCGCCAUAAGUUCCAGUGAAAUGGGGCUAUUGUUUUUGCAAAUUUAUGAAUGUGUUUAUUUGUUAAGACAGGUCUUGUAUUAUAUAUAACAUAGGAUAGUAUCGAACAGGGCUGAAUUCAGUUAUGUACCCAUUGAUAUAUAUUAUGUGUUCAAUAGGCACCUACUUAUCUACUUUCAAAAUGUAAACCCUGCUUUAUUAUCACGUUGUUUUAGGUUUAUCUAAUUAUAAUAAUAAUAAUUAUCUAAUUAUAUUAAUCUGAGAUAAUGUUGGAUAGUGAAAUGUCCAUACCUGGACACCAAAACCCAUCAGCCUGUUAUGUUCGAAGCACUUUGAAAAUAAUAUUUGGAUACUAGCAAAUUUUAUACAAAACUACGACCUGGAGCAGUGCCAACUGUGUGUGAAUAUCAUUUUUUUUUUUAAUUUUAAUUAUAAAAUGAGUCUCACAUAUAGAGUUUAAUUAGAAUGAACAUCCAUAGCUCGUUCUUUUUUUGAAAUUGGAGAAUAACAUUUAUUACUUGGCUUUUUCUGUUAUUUUGCCAGCAAUUCAAAAUUUUAUCCGAAUUCAAUUUUGUUGAAAAUGGGUAAAAAUAAAAAGUGGUGACGCGGCAACUAGACUGAUAAUUGUUUAAAACUUACAGCCGAUUAUCUGAGCGAACAGCGUAUAUCUGUUUUAAAAUAGUUCGGAUUUAAACCAGAUAGUAAAUCUGUGGUAUAUUGUUAAAAAUAAAGUCUGAAACAAACGUAACACCAGUCAAAACUAACUAAGAAAAAUGUAUUGAAAUUGAAUCGUUGCAGAGCUGUUAUUGAAAAUAAGAGUUACAUCACUAAAUAUUAAUGGUUAGGCUGUGGACAGUAGUUACGUCGUAAAUAACAAUACCAAAUAAAAAUAGUUAAUAUUGUUAUUAUACUUUUUUGUUAUUUUUAUUAAUUACUUGUCCAUUAUUAUUGAUGCCUAAAAACUGAUAGAAAUGUUUGUUCGUAUAUGUAAUAUUAAAACUGCACUUGUAUAAUGGGAAUAAAUGAUAAAUCAUUGAACA